ACAGCAGCCUCGGUCUCGGCUCGGCCCCUCCCCCGCCCCGCCCCGGCUGGGCUGCGAAGCGUCUGGAACCGCGUCCUUCCUCCGCACCCUCGUCCUGCGACCGCGUCCUGCAGCAGCUGCCCGUCGGAGCCGCCUGACGAGGACCACCCAUCACCAUGGUGAAGCUGGGCUGCAGCUUCUCCGGGAAGCCGGGCAAGGACCCCGGGGACCAGGAUGGGGCUACCACGGACAGCGUCCCUCUGAUCAGCCCCCUGGACGUCAGCCAGCUCCAGCCACCAUUCCCGGACCAGGUGGUUAUCAAGACACAGACAGAAUACCAGCUGUCCCCCCCGGACCAGCCAAAGAAGUUCCCCGACCUGGAGGCCCAGAAGCUGGCCUGUAACCACCCUGAGGAAGGACGCAGGCUGCCCACAGCGCGGAUGAUCGCCUUUGCCAUGGCGCUCCUGGGCUGUGUCCUGAUCAUGUACAAGGCCAUCUGGUAUGACCAGUUCACCUGCCCCGACGGCUUCCUGCUGCGGCACAAGAUCUGCACCCCGCUGACCCUGGAGAUGUACUACACCGAGAUGGACCCCGAGCGCCACCGCAGCAUCCUGGCGGCCAUCGGGGCCUACCCGCUGAGCCGCAAGCACGGCACGGAGACGCCCUCGGCCUGGGGGGAGGGCUACCGCGCCGUCAAGGAGGGACCCAAGGCGCCCACCCAGGCGGGGGCGGCGGCGGCGGCGGCGGCGGCGGCGGCGGCCACCGAGCCCCCCGGGAAGCCCUCCGCGCCGGGAGAGAAAGAGGCGGCGCGGAAGGCGGCAGGCAGCGCCCCGCCCCCGGCCCCCCAGUGAUGGCCCCUCCGCACCUGCAGCCCGGCGCCCCCUGCCGGCACCUGUGACCGCCCUCGCCCGACGCUCUCCCAGCUCGUGGUCGUGCCCCUGCUUCCAGGACCCCUCGCUGACGCCCCCUGCCCCCGAGCUUGCGGCUCUGUUGCUUUUCUCUAAGUAAAGAUUCAUAUCCACCUGG